CACGUGCAUCUGUGAUGUUGACAAGCAGGAGCCCGUCACUCAUACACCCCUCCAUCUGUGCAACACUCACAAAAAGUGAUAGCUCUCACGUAACAAUGUCUUUCACCGAGAGCAUCCCAGCUCCUGGUAAGUGGCCUGUCGACCCUCAAGAGGACAUCCCAAUCAGUGACGGCCGCGUCUGGGUCGAUGGCUGCUUCGACUUUGCACACCACGGCCAUGCUGGCGCCAUGCUUCAAGCUCGUCGCUUGGGAACUGAGCUUCUUGUUGGUGUCCACUCGGACGAGGCCAUCCUCGAGAACAAGGGGCCUACUGUCAUGACCUUGGACGAACGCUGUGCUGCUGUUGACGCCUGUCGUUGGGCCACCAAAUCAAUCCCUCACGCCCCUUAUGUGACCUCUCUACCCUGGAUCUCCCACUACGGUGCCAAAUACGUCGUUCACGGAGAUGACAUCACUUCCGACGCAAACGGCUACGACUGCUACAGAUUUGUCAAGGAGGCUGGUCGAUUCAAGGUCGUCAAGCGCACACCCGGUAUCAGCACCACCGAUCUGGUCGGACGCAUGCUGCUAUGCACAAAAUCACACUUCAUCAAGGAUCUCGACGCUUUGCUGGAAGGCGGAGAGGGUCCUGGUGGUGAAGAAGAGAGAAAGAGCACGGGUAAAGACAUGAAGGAGAGAAUCAGAGAAUACGCAACAGACGCUUCAGGAAACAAGCCGCUCGUCGAGGUCUGGAGCUGGCGCUCGGCACACUCGAACCAACAGCACUUCCACCAGAAUGGCUCUUUCCUGAAGAAGGUUAAUGGCACCUCACCACAACCUGAUCAGAAGAUCGUCUAUGUUGAUGGUGGCUUCGAUCUAUUCUCCACUGGACACAUCGAGUUCCUGAAGCAGGUCGUCGAGACCGAAGAGAAGGAAGCAAAGCAGAAGGGAUGGAAUAAGGACUACAGCCCUGUCUAUGUCGUUGCUGGUGUCCACAGUGACGACGACAUCAACGACUACAAAGGCAUCAACUACCCAAUCAUGAACAUCUUCGAGCGUGGUCUCUGCGUUUUGCAAUGCAAGUACAUCUCAUCCAUCAUCUUCAUGGCCCCCACAGUCCCCAGCAAAGUCUUCCUAGAAUCCCUCCCCUACACAGUCUCGACAGUCUACCACGGCCCCACCGUCUCAGCACCACCGGGCCAAGACUUCUAUACCGACGCAAAAGAAAUGGGCGUCUUCAAGGAGAUAUCCUCACACUCUUACUCGCACGUCAAUGCAGACUCGAUUGUAAAUCGUAUCAUGAAGAGCAGAGAACUGUAUGAAGAACGCCAGCGUGUCAAGGGCGUCAAGGGAAUUGGAGAAGAAGCUGUGCGUAGAAGAGAGGAAAUGGAGAGGGAAAAGGCUGAAAAGGAUAGAGCUGCAAGGUCUUGAUGACAUGGUGAGGAAAGUUGGUAAUUACAAUUAAAAGUCGACGUCUCCUUCUUCAUCUUGGAUGCUUCUGUCAGUGAAGUUUUGACGUGGUGCGUAAAACCCCAAACUUCAAGCGUGAUCACUGAAAGUCGCGCGAUUGCCGGCACUGCGCCGGGUUCAGCUAUACAGACUUCAAGACGUAAACUUCAAUAUGUCGUUCCAACA